UCUCCCCCCCUCCCCCCGGGAAGCGGCUUGCUCUGCGCUCCGCUUCUCUCUGCCUCUCUCUCUCUCUCUCUCUCUUUUUUUUUUUGCUUUCCACCCCCUUUUUUCCCCUCCCCUCUUUUUUUCACUCUACCCCCCCCCCCUUUUUCUUUCUUUCUUCUGUUUGCACCCACUUUGCUGGCGGCUCCCAGGCAGCAGCAGCAGCAGCAGCAGCAGCGGCGGCGGUGGGAGCUGCCAUUGCAAUCCCGGAGGAAGCGCCGCUGCUUUGCAAACUCGGCCUUUGGGGGGGGGGGACCCUCUCCCCAAUUCGUCUUUCCAACUCCCCCCCCCAAAAUAAACCGCGAUCCUCCGCAACCCCCUCCCCCAACGACAACUAAGCGCCCCCCCCCACUCCACACCCACCAUGGAGAAAUGAACCCCGCCGCCGCUUCCUCCUCCGCCUCUCUUUCUCCCCGGGUCUCCUAAGAUGGAGCAAGCAGGGAAGUAACAAAGAAACAAGCCAGCUUGGGCCUUGGUGGGAACCAACAUCCCAUCAUGCUAGUUUAAUGGACCGAAUGCGGGCCGGUUGCAACGGAGAUUUUUUUUUACCGCUUUGCAGGAAAGAAGGUAGCUGUAUCCAUUCGGGUGGCAGGCAGACCCAAGGGGUACCAUGAAGUUUCCAGGGCCCCUGGAGACCCAGAGGUUGUCCGUCCUCCUAGAGAUGGCAAUCUCUAGGGAAGCUCAGAUGUGGAAAGUCUACAUGCCCAGAAUUCAGCCCAAUCAGGAUGCAGGCAUUUCUCCAACCCAGCGGGACGAAGUGAUCCAGUGGCUGGCCAAACUCAGGUGCCAGUUCCACCUUUAUCCGGAAACACUGUCUCUGGCCGUCAGCCUCUUGGACAGGUUUUUAGCUGCUGUGAAGGCUCGGCCAAAGUACCUGAACUGCAUUGCCAUCAGUUGCUUCUUCCUCGCCAGCAAGACCAUUGAAGAAGAUGAGAAGAUUCCAGUCCUGAAGAUCUUGGCCAGAGAGAGUUUUUGUGGCUGCUCUCCAGCAGAGAUCCGCAGAAUGGAGAAGAUUAUUCUGGAUAAGUUGAACUGGGAUCUUCACAUGGCCACUCCGUUGGAUUUCCUCCACAUUUUCCAUGCAGUCGCCUUGUCCACCAGGCCUCAACUGCUGACCAGCCUGCCCAAGGUGAAUCCAUCCCAGCACGUCGCUUUGCUGACCAAGCACUUACUGCAUUGCCUAGCCUGCUACCAGCUCCUUCAGUUCAAGGGCUCCAUGUUGGCCCUGGCCAUCGUGAGCCUGGAAGUGGAGAAGCUGAUCCCUGAUUGGCUGGCGCUCAUCAUUGAGCUGCUCCACAAGGCACAGAUGGACAGCUCCCAGCUGAUCCACUGCCGGGAGUUGGUAUCCAAGCACCUUUCCACCCUGCAGCCUCCUCUGCUCCCCAACUCGGUCUACGUCUACAGUCCCCUCAAGCACAACCUGGUGACUUGCCCCGCGGGGGCCUUCCGAUUCCACGCCCCCGCGGUCCCGGUCCCCGAUUUGCAGGACAACGGUGGCAGCAGCAGCAGCCAGCUGGGAGCGCCCGCCAAAGGAUCCGCUUUGCUCUGCCGCCGCCGCCGGCUCCCUCCCGGCAGGUGCAAGCCCGCGACGGCCAAGCGCAAAGUGGAAGAGAUGGAGGUGGACGACUUCUACGAUGGGAUCAAGCGGCUGUACAACGAGGAGAGUCCGCCGGAUGGCGGGGAAGGCAAGGUCGACAUUGCGUGGCAAGGAGGCAGUAUUUCUCCCUGCCCUCCACUGCAGCCUGUUUCUGUGAUGUAGUGUCCCUCAAACUCCAGCAACCUGGAAGAUGUGUGGACUUCAACUCCCAGAAUUCCCCAGCCAGCUAUGCUGGCUGGGGAAUUCUGGGAGUUGAAGUCCACACAUCUUCAAGUUGGUUAGAUUGAGAAACACUAUACGGAAAGGCUGUUUGUGCAGAUACAACAUCAGGCAGCCCAUUGGCCUUCUGGGCUAAUGGAGGGAAAGGCCGUACCUUAACAGGGUUAAGCAGAAGGGAGCUAACUAUCCUUUUAUUUUUCUUUUUUAAACAACCAACAAUAUAUAUAUAUAUAUCUUCCCCCUUUUCCCUUGGUUUCCCUUUGGCGGCGAAUGAUAGUUUUUAACUCUGUUCUCAAAGUUCAACUCUUGAUUUUAAGUCCCUUUAAAAAAAAAAAAAGACCCCAAAAACCAACCAAAAAAAAAAAAUAGUAGCAAAAACCACCCCAGUUUCCGUAGUGUUGUUCGUUUUUCACCGUUUCGACCGACUGUUGUGUAUUGUAAUCUCUCAUUUGUUUUGAAAAGAAUCGACACGGAAGCGUGCCGAAUGUUUUUCAGACUUCUGGCUGUGUUUCUUCCCCUUUUCCUCCUCCGCCCAAAUCUCCUUCCUUUUUUUUCCUAAAGGACUCCCUAACUCCCCUAACUUCUUUUAAAAACGAUUUUCCAAAUUGUACGACUUCCUAGAUAUGGUGGUUUGUGUGUGUGUGUGUGUCUUUUUUUAUUUUUUGCACUUUUAUUUUGGAGACGAUUCCCUUGAUUCAUCUUCCACGAACAGAAGAGAUAGAAAAUGCCUUCUCUUUAGAACAAUUUCUCUUCUGUCCUUCUACCACUUAUGGUCUUUUCGACUGUGGUAGUAGCUCCAACGAAAAACUUGCUUUUAAAAUUAAGAUUUUAAUUUCGAGGGGAAAAAAAAGAAUCUUUGUGUAUAACCUGUCCUUGUUCGUAGGAAGUAAAAAUGGACACUCAAGAACGGUGUUAUGUUUAGUUUGGAAAGUUGCACAACAAUUGCGAUUUUAAUUUUAUAGACCGACCUCUAGGGCUGCUGCUGUGCAUUGGGACUGACCAAUACGAAACGUAACACCUUCUUUUGUGUUUUUAUAUACAGAAAAAGUUUUGUGCAUCAAAUGCAACAAUAGAACAAAACGAAACCAGUGGUGGGCAUUGAAAGCACCUGUGUCCUUUAGGCCAUUUUUGUAGCUUUGUGUAUAAAUGAUCUUAGAUUUCCCACUUUCCUUACGUUUUCCCCCCUGACCGUUUUAUGUUUGUGUAAAUCUACAACUUUUAAGACGGGGACAAAAAAGUUUUGUGGGGGGGGGGAAAAAAAGACUUUUAAAGAUCUUCUGUUUCGAUCCUAAAUGCACUGCUGCUUGGAAUAGCCCUCUUGAAAAGGAUCUCCUUGAUUUUAAAGCUCUCUUCACAGUCCCCACCCCGUGGAAGGUACUGUUGUUUGCCCGUCUCAUGGAGAAAGGCUUCAGGGUAGCAAUAAAAACAAAUACGUUGUCCUUCA